UCACCAUGAAGAUACAACUCUGCAAUUUCAGCGGAUACAAGAUCCAGCCGGGCCGAGGCAAGACCAUGGUCCGGACGGACGGGAGGGUGAUGGUAUUCCUCAAUGCAAGGAGUGAGGCAGCCUACUUAAUGAAGAAAAACCCACGUGAAGUACGAUGGACUGUGUUGCACAGGCGAUUGCACAGGAAGGGUGUCGAAGAAGAAGUGACAAAGAGACGUACCCGCCAUACCCAAAAGUUCCAGCGUGCCAUUGUUGGUGCCUCACCCACAGAUAUCAUGGCUAAGAGGAACAUGAAGCCUGAAGUUCGCAAGACUCAGAGAGAACAGGCUAUCAGAGCUGCCAAGGAGAGGGCAAAGGCUGCCAUUGCCAAGGCAGCUGCUAAAGAGCCCCCACCCCCCCAAGGCGGAAAGCAAGGAAAAAAGGGACAAAAGGCUCCUAAGCUCCAGAAGGGUGGUCGCCCUGCACAGGGUGGGCGUGGCCAACGUCGCUAA